AUGAAUGACCUGCGCAGACGACCGGAAUCAAGCGCGAAGAGACUAUCCAUUAUCGACCCAUCGACUGUACGAUUGAGCUUCACAGGCAGUAUCUCUGACAUAUCGACUCCGAUAACAGUACCACUUGAAGAAGGCCUCCAGAAACUCUAUCAAGUCUACGAAAACAACGUCGAAAACCCUAUCCCCCUCCCAAAAUCCGUCCAGAUCACGAACAUCCCCCUCUCCACAAUCGCCGACUCCCUAGCCCGCCGCUUCCAAGAACAACACGCUGCCCUCCUCGACUGCGCCUCUCAACUCCAAUACAUCAACCAGCAACUCCAGCUCUCAAAACAAGACCUCAAUAACAUGGAAUGUCUCUACUCCGUCGCAGUGCAAGAAGCCAACCGUCGAGCACUAAGUUCAGAUGCAUUACACCUCCGUCUCGAAUGGCAGAAAGAGGAGAUUACUCGCAUUGAUGCGGAGAAAGAGGAUGCGCUGAAGAAAGUUGAGCAGCAGAAGGGGGAGAAUACGCGGUUACAGGGUGAAGUUGAGACACUUAAUGAUUUUGUCGAGGAGAACGAGAUGCUGAGGCAGAAGAAUGAGGAGCUUGAGCGGAGGCAGAGGUAUCUUGAAGGGGAGGUGGAGGAGAUGCGGGCGCGGCUUGAGCGGUCGGAUCAUGUGCUGCGGUCUGUGCCGUCACCUGUGCAAAAGAUGUGUGCUAGAUUGUUGGUGCCGAGGGAGGGGCAGUAUGGAGAGUAUAAGAGGCGCAAGGACAAGGGUAGGGACAGGAAGCGCUCGGGCUAUCUGAUUGAUGAUGCGCCUUUACCGCCAUUGCAGUUUUACUAG